CAUAGUUAGCGUUGUACCGGAAGGGGACGGUAGUAGUGUGCGAUUUUAGUCGUAAGCUCUGAAGGUACUAUCUUGGAAAAAGUGGCUCGCCAUUUGCGAGAGUGAAGUGCAAAGACAUUUAUUAACAUCGAAGUAAGUUUUGGCGACGGGGAGUGGAAUUAUAUUUGUUAAAGUAGUUAUAUCACGUUUAUAUGAAAAGGAAAUUUAAUUGAAUUAAGUUAUCACUAAUGGAUCUAUAUCGGUGAAGGACAGAACAACUCGAGACCACUUCGGACAUCGUUUAAGUUAGAUUAGAAACUAAUUUUGCAGCAAGUGUUAGUGUAAUAGUUCCGUUUAUCACAUAAACAUUUUAAAGAAUAGCAAAAUGAAAGGAAGAGAGAAAUUAUGUGCGAAGUUAUCAAGUGCCUUCUUAAGAAAGUGGUGGUUCGUCAUAGCAAUAUCUCUAGGAUGUCUACUUUUUGGCAUAAUUGUAGCAGUUUUCUUCAAUAGUUGGGUUAAUCUAGUUAUAAAUUCACAAAUAAAAUUAAAGGAAGGAUCUCAGACAUUCAAAUGGUGGUCGAAACCCCCAGUAGAACCCAAGAUCAAGGUAUAUAUUUAUAAUGUUACCAAUGCUGACGAGUUCCUUAAUAAUGGAUCGAAACCAAUUGUUGACGAAUUGGGACCAUAUGUAUACAUAGAAAAAUGGGAGAGAAAAAAUGUCACUUUCCACGACAAUGGAACCCUCACUUUUAACUUACAAAAAAUGUAUCGGUUUGACGCGACCACAUCAAAUGGUAGUCAAGAAGAUUUAGUGGUUGUGCCAAAUAUACCUAUGCUGAGUGCAACCUCACAAUCGAAACAUGCAGCAAGAUUUUUGAGGUUGGCAAUGGCAAGUAUAAUGGAUAUUUUGAAGAUCAAACCUUUUGUAGAAGUAUCAGUUGGUCAAUUGCUAUGGGGUUACGAAGAUCCUUUAUUAAAACUAGCCAAAGAUGUUGUUCCUAAAGAACAAAAAUUGCCAUAUGAAGAAUUCGGUCUGUUAUACAAGAAAAAUGGUACUUCGGAAGAUAAUAUAACGGUGAAUACUGGAGUAGAAGAUAUUACAAAAUAUGGUUUAAUUGACAAUGUAAAUGGAAUAAAAAAACUUCCGCAUUACGCUACAGAUCAGUGUAACAGUUUAGAAGCUUCAGAUGGUUCAAUAUUCCCACCACACAUGACCAAAAAUACGACAGUGUACAUUUUUGAUAAAGAUUUAUGCCGCAGAUUGCCAUUAGUAUUUCAAAAAGAAGUUCUUUCAAGCAGUAACGAAGUACCAGCAUUCAGAUUUAGCCCACCCAAAAAUGUUUUCGCAAGCGUAGAGGAAAAUCCAGACAAUGCAUGCUUCUGUCCCCAAGGACCUCCUUGCACACCAUCUGGAUUCUUCAAUGUUUCUUUAUGUCAAUACGAUUCUCCUAUAUUACUAUCAUUCCCACAUUUCUACCUCGCUGAUGAUAAAUACAGAACUGCAGUAGAAGGAAUUUCCCCACCUGAUCCAGAAAAACAUACAUUCUAUAUGGAUAUUCAACCGGAAAUGGGUUCCGCUAUGUCAGCAAGGGCACGUAUACAAAUCAAUUUGGCUGUUUCUCAAGUAGUGGAUAUUAAACAAGUAGCCACUUUUCCAGACAUUGUUUUUCCUAUAAUGUGGUUCGAAGAAGGUUUGGAAUCGUUACCUCCAGAGAUGACAGGCUUAAUGAAAUUAGCAACUACAGUUCCACCAAUCGCAAGAAUAGUCAUAACAAUUGUGUUGUUUUUCAUAGGAGCUAUUCUCCUCAUAAUCGCCAUUUGGAGGUUGGUAAGAGGAGCUAACAGACUUAGUUCACUCCACUUGGCACCUGGACACGUUGGACCUCCCAAUAAAACAAAGGACUUGCCAAUGGCUAAUGUUCCAAAAUAUUAGACUAGUAAAAGACAAAUUCAGGUGGUUGAAAAUGAUCCGGUAAAAUUAUUGAGUAAUUUUUCCUGAGAAUAUCUUUAUAUGAAAAUAAAUUGCUUUGAAUAAAAUAAGAAUUGAUUAAAAAAUUGUUAUUCAAACCCACUAGUGAAAAUCAAAUACAUUGAUUCCAUUUCUGAGAAAUUCAUUUCUUAGUUUUCAGUAAUAUACACAUGUUUUGAACCACUCGUAAAUAUUUUUUAUAUUUUAUGGGGGCAUAAAUUGUGUCUUAUUUUACGAUCCGCUACAAAACAGUGAUUGGCGAAUAUGAUUUAGUUCCAAUGCCCCGGAUAAUUUUCAAAAAUAGAUUGAAUACUGAAUUUACAAUCAUGUUACUACCAAUUUCUGUACUCUAAAACAGUUGUAAUUGAUAGCAAUAUAGAUUUUUCAAUCCUAAAGGAUAAAAAUGAGAAAAACUACCAAUUACAAUAGAUUUGAUCACUAAGAAUUACAUAUUCACGUAUCAUUGAUACAUGUCUACAAUAAUUUUCUGAUUAAAAUCUUGAUCAAAUUGUGUCAGUGUAUGUUAAAAGUGAAAAAAAUCAUAUGUUGGCCGAUAACUUACCUUGAGCAUUAUUCCACCAUUUUAUUAAUAGAACUACAAUAUACAAUGUAAAGAAAAAAUUAAAGAUUAAUAAGAAUAAUGUAAAAAUAGAGUACGCAUGAUUAACGUCGUUAUAGGAUAAUUUAUAAAAUACAUAUACGUCUAUCUGAAGAAAUAUUUCAAACAAAUAAGAAAUACUACCAAUACGUAUCUACGUAUCUUCAUUAAGUCUUUCUGCCUUUAUACUCAUACAAAAUAAUUUUAGGCGAUCGUUAUUUAAAGCUGACUUCGAUUUCAGAUAAGCUCCAAUGUUACAUCAACAAAUUGGUUUCUGAAAGUUGCCUACCAAUAGUCGAUUGUUCUUUCAUAAUAAAAGACGCCAAGGAUCACUACACGCCCUCGAAAACAAUUGACAUUUCCUUUUUCAUAACUAUCGACCCUUUGUGAGACUACUACUCAGAAUAAGAUGGAUGCACCACUUCAGAUAUUGUUUUCAUAAUCUGUAUUUAUACUUUUGGUCCAUCCUAAUUUUCGUCUGUAAAUUGAAAUACUUAAGAUAAAUUAUUGCCUUACAGUUAGCGAUUUACUCUAUGAUUUCUGGUGAAACAUUUUUGCUAGUAAAAAUAGAUAAGAUAUGUAGUGUUUAUAUUUCCUGUGAUUAUUUCGAACUUUUGGCCUCUUAUAAAUAGUUGUAAAUGAAUUUAUUUAUAAAUUGAAUAUUCUAUAAUCCAUCUAUUAUCAUAAAUUUGUUCAGCAACGAAGAGAUAAUAAUUCCUCACGGGCAGACCUUUUAAUUUGAACUAGGUACGUAUUUCUCAGGAAAAAUUACUUUUAUUUCUUGAAAGAGUAAUUCAAGUGUCAAUACUAUUAAUAUAGAAUUUUUGCAACUUUUACAUGUAUAAUGAAUAAUUCUGGGUAUAUUAUCAGAUCGAUUCUCAGAUACAAAAUGACUCAAAACAAACUGAGUCUCAAGUUUUCGCAAAUUUAGGCGUUGAGAUCAUUUCCUAACGGAUAUUCUUGGAAUACUUUUUGAAUUCAACACAAACAGUUUUUCCGGUAUCUUUAAAUUCUCAGGUAAGUAUUAUUAAUAGGAAUCUGGGGGUAAAAUACUUAGAAUUUCUUUGUCUCCAUAUCCUUGUAAUUAAAUUAUUAGUCAAUUUGUACAAAGUAACUCGUUUGCAUAAACAGGAAUGGUAUAUCAUUUUAUGAUCCUAUGAAUAGGAUAAAUUAAAAAAAAAUAAAUUAUAUUACGCCACACUAUUUUUGACCACUUGGCAAUUUUUAAACAACGAAUAAAAGAAUUUGUUUACAAGUGUGAUAAUUAUUUUUGUUAAUUAGAAACUAAAAUUGCCUUCUUUCCGAAUGGAACUUUUAUGUAGAUAUGAAAAUAUUGAACAAGAUAUUUGCUCAAAAAAGAAAAUAAAUUUUAUUUUAAGUAGUUUUUUUAUAUCGAUAGGUUAAGAUGAUGGUUUGUAAGUAAUUAGAAAAUAUAUUAUUAAAAGAGUCAAGACCAACUUAGUUGGAAUAUUCCAUGUCCACAACAAGAUUUAUAUUUAUUUUACCGUUUCAUUUCUAUUUUAAAACUUUAAGGCAAUAUCUGUAAAGAACAUAAUUAAUGGGCAUAAUCUAUAACAACCAUUAAUUUUAUUGGAGAAAAUAUAGGAUAUACCACGAUAUUGGUUCUAUUUAUUUAAUAGGGUGAGUACCUUGAAUGAAUGAAAUUAUCUUAGUUUAGAUUUACUGUAGAAAUGAAGUUUCCAUUUGUUUAUACGAAAAAUUGAAAUAUUUAUAUGUUAAAUGUAAACUACCAAUGUCAAUUUAUAUCUAACGAUCUGAAACUUUUAAUAAAUGGAAGAAAUAAAUCUUAUAUUUUCUCAAAUGAUUACCGGUCGUUAUGGAUUGUACCUAUAAUUCUGUUAUUCAUAGAUAUUAUUUUAAAUUUUGAAAUUGUCUAAGAAAGGAAGACGAAACGUAGAUCUUAAAUAUUUUUUACAUUUAAUCAUGAGCCCAUAAAUAGGAAAAUCCAAAAAUGUGUUACUGUAUUCAGUUACGAUAGUUUAUGGGAAAUCAAUCGGUUCACUUCCAAAAUUUCAUUUGAAAACGGAGUUUCUAUUUCUACAAGAGUAACAAGCUUAGAACAAAUAAUGGUGAAGAUUCCGUGGCUAAGAUUACUGAUAAUAAACUUAAUGAACGUGUAUUGAAACAUGUGACUAUUUGAAAUUUGUCUUGUAUAUAAGUUUCCUUCAUAUUUAUGUUUAUUCUUAAUAAUGGAAAUAAAUACGAUUAGAAAACGGGAAUUUACUCUCUCUGGUUGGACUGAUUUGAAACUAUUUGUAAGACAAAAUAUUUGUAAGAAUGUAAAUUAAAGUUCUUCCUACAUCCUUAUAUAUUGUCAAAAUUUAUAAAUGAUUCAUUAAAUAUAAAAAUCAGGUAGGAACAGUCUAGAAACACCAAUAUAAUUUAUGAUAGAUCGGGUAAAGCAUGAAACGUUCUUCAACUCAUAUUCUUUCUAAGUUUUAUGAUAUAUUUUAUGAUAUAAAAUUGGGUACUGUGGUGUUAUUAUCGAAUAAUUAGUACAAAAGUAUGUUUUUAUUUUCUUUUUAUUAUAUAAUAUACCAUAUUUGACAAAAUCUAUGUGUUUUUUAAAUUGCAAAAUUUCAUAUAGAUUUUUAUUUUGAGUUUGCAAUAAAAUUUUAUGUAUUCAAUUAGAAAAUAAAAUUUUCCAAUUUUUA